CGCAGUCACUGUAUGAAUCAUGCGUGUAGAGUAAGCCGCAACUUCUCUUUUCUUCAUUUCUCUGAAGAGUUUUCACUUUUAUUGUAAGUUUUUUGCUGUGGAUCCGACGGGAAAACUAACCCAAGAGUUAAUGCAGAGAAUGUGAGGCAGUCUCCAUUAAGAUGACAUCUCUUAACCUUUCCAGCUCCAUUCUGCCUUCCUGCACCUACAAGGAGGACUUCAAACGCUACCUCCUCCCAUCCAUCUACAGCUUGGUCUUCAUUUUCGGGCUGCCUCUCAACUUCAUCAUCAUUUUGAGAAUCUGGGGCUCCCGUCACACAUUGACGCGCAGCCAGAUCUACAUGCUCAACCUUGCUGUGGCUGACUUCCUGUACGUCUGCUCACUUCCUCUUCUCAUAUACAACUACGCCAGCUGGGACUAUUGGCCAUUUGGCGACUUCACUUGCCGCAUGGUUCGCUUUCAGUUCUACAGCAACCUACAUGGAAGCAUCUUUUUCCUCACCUGCAUCAGCUUACAACGCUACCUCGGGAUCUGCCAUCCACUCACGCAGUGGCCCAGACGAGGUGGACGCAGGCUGACGUGGAUGAUCUGCGCUGGCGUAUGGGUGGCUGUUGUGGUGCUCUGCGCCCCAACGUUUGAGUUUGCCUCAACCGGAAUCCAACGCAACCGUACAGUGUGCUACGACCUCAGCGUUCCCAAUCGUGCACCUGAGUACUUCCCCUACGGCAUCGCCUUGACCUGCAUGGGUUUUGUUCUGCCAUUCCUGGUGAUCAUGGUGCUGUACUGUAAAAUGGCAAGGGUUCUUUGUGAGAUUGGCGUAGCCAGAGGUGACUCUGCCACGGAGAAGAAGAGUAAAGCCGUUAAGAUGAUUAUAAUCGUAAUGCUGGUGUUCGCCAUCAGUUUUUUGCCAUUCCAUGUGACAAAGACGCUCUACUUGUUGGUCAGGACUUUUCCUACAGCUCCUUGUGAAAUGAGGAACCUCUUGUCAGUGGUCUACAAAAGCACGAGACCAUUCGCCAGUAUGAACAGUGUGCUAGAUCCCAUUCUGUUCUACUUCACCCAACCAAAGUACAGACGCACUACGAAGAGCUUGCUGCUGAAGAUCACCUCCAUUAAAGAGAAGAGUUCCAAAGUGUGAUGAAACCACACCUUUGUGGGUGGAUCUAAAAUUAUUAAAAAAACACUUAGUAGGUGGAAUGGAUGUCAAAAGGACCAGUACUUUGGCACAAAGUCCAUACUAAUUACCAGUUAGUACCAUGUGCUGCCCUUUGCACUGUCUGACUGAUAGAUGGCUGCUUUCAGAUGCUCGUAAUGCACUCAAUAAUUAUCUUCAUUAAAAAGAAUUAACUCCCAAAGACAUGAAUUGUAAUUGUGCAAUAUAUGUAAGAAAUCAUGAAGACUCAAGUCGUAUCAGUAACCUUAUAGAAGCUGUUUUAUUCUACAUGGAGAGGGUCCACACAUGGGGGCUGCCAUAUUAGAAUCACAUGACAUGUCCUGGUUUUGGACACUUUCACUCACUGAUUAAAGUAAUCAUGGCUGACUGUGAAUACUAAGUUUCUACAAUGGCAUCUGAAACCGAAAACUAUAGAUUUUAAAUGAUGUUGCAUUCAAGCCACUAGGUGUCAGUGUAAGUAAGUAAGUAAAUAAAGUAGUGCGUUUAAUAGCAUGUUAAUUUUUGGUUUGGUAUUGAAACCGGUAGUGAAAAUUGUGAAAGUUUACUUGUAAUGGUAUUGACCACUGAAAUGGUGGUAUUGUAACAACACAUAUAACAAAUCAUAUGUUAUAUGUUAUUCUACAAUAUCCCAUUGGUAUUCUAUGUACAUAGUGACAUAAAACUAUGAAGCAUGUAGUAGCCUGCUACCUGUACUUUGAAGGUUGGACAUAAUUGCUGAAGGAUGUACAACUUAAAACAGAUUGUUGUUUUAUGUUUCAGUGUUUUCAUUACACAUAAGCAAUGUUAGGAGUAGUUAGCCUAACUAAAUGUAGCAACACUACUAACCUAAUUAGGGGCGAAUUCUAAUUGAAUGUGGUCAUCCCUAUACCCUGCUCACUCUGAAGGGCAGAGCCUUGGAUGUGGGUACUCUGAAGAGAGCAUGGCAAUACUGAAUGAAUGUACCUUUCGCUAACAGUCUUCGUUAAAAGAUUAAUUUUCUUUCUUUCGUUUGGAACGACCCCUGAAUUAUAUGACUGUGUGUUGAAGUAAAUAUAGCAGAAGAGUAAGUACUUUCUACGUUGAAUAAGUUAAUUUAUGUGUAAACUUAAAAAUAUUAAGUAAAUUCGACAUUUGCUCUUUUCAAACAUGUAUCAAAUUAAUUAUCUUGCUUAAGUAAAUGUUAUUUAUGAUCAUUUGUUAUGUUUACAAUGGAUCAUAAUGUAACACUCCUUAAGUAUAAAAUCUUGUACUUCGGAGGUAAAUAAAAUAAGUAAAUUUUACUUAAUUUUUUGCAGCAUGCAGCCUGCUUGAAUGAUUAAUGAGCUUGCAUGGUUUCACUGUUUGUGAAACUUGUUUCACAAACAAGUUUCUUGUUUCUAUGUGGAAGGCUUGUUUCUAUGUGGAAGGCUUCUGUAUUUAUACGUGUUAAGUGUUUAUUAAGAAAGUUCAAUAUGUGAAAUGUUCUCAUAAAAUGUUCAUUUACUUUUCAUAAGUUUUAAGUACCAUGUUUAUCAGAUUUGUAAGUUAAGAUUACUGUAUUGACUGAAAUAUUUAGUUAAAUGUACUCACUGACUUUAAUCAAUAUUGUGUGCAAAAACUGUUUGAGAGGCGCCCCCUUCUCGCAGUGCCCUUCAGGGGCGCAAAAAUGCCAUCUGAAAUUCACCCUACGUUUUUCAGGAACGUUAAAAGUAGUUCAGCUAUUUUCACAAUAGUGUUGCAUUUCCAAUAACUUGAAUUCACUUUAGUGAGUCAGUUCUUUCAGACGGUUCAUGUAAAUGAACUAAAUGAUUCACUUGCGCCCAACGUAUCUUUAAAGGGACUUUGCUACAGUUUCAAAGCAGCUUCUCCAACACUGCACAAAAAGCAUUUGUGACAGGUUAAAUGUGUAGUUUACUCAAAAUAGAAUAUAUAGGUUUUUAUAUAUAUAUAUAUAUAUAUAUAUAUAUAUAUAUAUAUAUAUAUUCAGCAUUCACUCACCCUCAUGUUGUUCCAAACCUGUAUGACUUUUUCUUCUUCUUCUGUGGAACAUAAAAGACUGAAUGUUUGACUCACUAUUCACUUUCAUAUGGCAUAUUUUUCUUCCACACAAUGAAAGUGAACUGUAUCUGAGACAGUCAGUAGAAGUGUUGCACUUAUAGGUGAAAUCAACCUUGCAAAUUGCUUUCUCAUAUUUGACUAUGCAUUGAGAAUUUUAACAUUGAAAAUAAUACACAUCAGCUACAACAGUAUUUGUUUCUGCAAUAAUAAAUUGUAGGGCUGACUUGAAACGAUUUGAACGCAAACAAUAGCACCAUCUGUGCAACAUACUGCAUCUGCAGCACAUUAUCUUAAUGAUUGUGUGUGAUGUCUUACUGACACGUUGGACAACUGUACAUCCUGUAUAUGACGAUGUUUUGUCCAACAAGAAACGUAUAUAAUAUUAUCGACAACAUGUGUACAUAUCUUGAUUGAGGAUCAAAGCUUACAAAGAAACAGUUGGCAAGGCCUGUUUUUUUAUGAACAGGGCAAUUUAAUUGCAGUUGUAGACAUCAUUUGGAUUGUAAUAUAUUUGUAUUUGAUGGCACGCUUCAAAAUGGCAGAAAACUACAAUGACUGUAUCAAUACAAACAAGAAAAAGCAUCAACACACUCUGUACCAUGAACAGUUGAACACUUUCAAUUAUAAAACACAGUGUUUUUACUUCAAAACAAAGGCAGCAGUCGUUUUAGUCAGUAUUGGCCAGUAUUAUGUAUGUGCAAUUUUCGUAUACUGUAUCUUUUUAAAAUUACUGUAUUUUGCUUUUGUAUUUUAAGGGUGGAGAGCAACCCUUUUCUUUUAAUGUGAAUGAACGUCUUUAUAACUGAAUUGUUUUGAUGCAUAACAAUAUAUUUAAUAUGUAAUAAUAGUAACUAAUUUGGUUUCUUGCAAAGUCUGUCAAGACCAUGUUCUGGUCACAUUACACCUUACAUAAAAAAAUUUAAAUAAAAUAAUAAAAUGAAAUGUUUAAUUUUGCAUAAAGAAAAUAAAGCCUUUUGUAUUCAUUUAAUAUUUAUUGCAUUGUGGCAUUAACUUCUUGACAGUUAAGCAUAUUUCCCCUCAAAUUCUUGUUUUGCAAUAAUAAUAAUAAUAGUAGGUCUAAUGUCAUUUUAAUUUCUGUAAUGAGAGAAAAAUUAUUCAUACACAUAAUAAUGGUAUUUUUAUCAUGCAUACGUAUGUAAAUGUAAUACAUUUUAUUUAUGAAUGUAUACAUUUUAUUUAUAAAAUAUGAUUAGGCAUAGUGAGAAUUGAAAGAAAAACAUCUAAAAGCAAUGCGCACGCGCUGACAGUAGGUGGCAGAUUUUACCAUGGCAACAACGGUGGUAUCUAUGGUCAAAGCAUUAAUUAAGCUUUUAUCAUUUACACAGUAAAAUCAUUUACACUAAUAAAAUGUUUCAAGAAGAACAUAUAAACAACCUAUGA